UGUCUUCCACUGGGACUUGGAGACAUUUCUGUGUACUAUCCAAACCCAGUGCUUCUCUGUGUGCCAGCAUGCAUCUUACAUGCUGCUACUAAGUGCAGGACUGUCUCAGUGGGACCUUUGCAUUGCUUGCAUCUUGGGUCCUAUCGAGUGUGGCAGACGAUUGCUUUUAGGCAUCUGGUGCUUUGAGGCUCGCUGUUGUGAUCAGAGCCUCUGUGCUGUGCUCGAGGUCAGCUUUUUCUAGCCACUGGUUGGAAUUCUUGAUGUCAGCAGUUUCCUUUAUCUGCAAGAUGUUUCUCCUUUUUAAAAAAAUAAAUAAUACAUUUUGUAUAAAUAGCACGCAGAAGAUCACAGGUUCGAGGCCACUGUGUCUACUCCAGAUGAAGGUGGCCUCUCCUGCAGCUACAGCGCCCCCUGGUGUUCCUUAGAGGAAGUGAGUUUUACAAAAACCGCUGAUAGAAGCUCUCUCUCUGCCAGUGAGUCAGCGCCUCUGCAGAGCUGCAGGUCAAUCAUCUCUGGUGAUAAUGAAUGAAUGUUUUAAAAUCUCCUUUAAAAGGUCCUGCAACGAAUAAACGCUUUUAAAGCUUUUUUCUGUUUGCAUCUGAAAAAUUUUACUGCUUUUCUGCAUGAACCAUGGAUCAGUUUCGUGGAUUAUUUAGUAAACUGGACCAAAAUGAGGAUGGAUUCGUUUCUGUGGCGGAGCUACAAGACGAAAUGAGGAAGCAUGGUAUUAUUUCAGCGGAUGGGAAGGUCCAGAGUAUCGUCGAGUCUUAUGACAGAGACAAAGAUGGCCUGCUGGAUUAUCAAGAGUUCCUCAGCUACAUGAUGGACAGAGAGAGGAAGUGGAAAAUUCACUUUCAUGACCUUGAUAAGAAUAAUUGUGGAUUCAUUGACCAGGAGGACAUCAUAUGUUUGUUUAAGGAGUUAGGAGUGGUCAUUUCAAAGCCGAAUGCAAAAAAAAUUAUACAAAUGAUGGAUAAGGACAACUCGAUGACGGUGGAUUGGGAUGAAUUCUUGCACCACAUCAUCCUCAACCCUGUGGAUAACAUCGGGGAGCUAGUGUCCUCAUGGAAACACAGUUUGGUGUUUGAUGUCGGGGAGAGCCGCGGGAUCCCCAUUGAGUUCCCUGAAGAAGCGUCAGGCUUCAGCGCUUGGAGGACAUUUGUUAUGUCAGCAGGACUGGCGGAUGCUGUGUCCCGGACCAUGACGGCACCCAUAGACCGCCUUAAAACACAACUUCAGGUGUAUGGAUCCAAGGCCUUCUCCCAGGGUUUUCAGGAGAUGAGAGGAGGUGGUUUGCGGUCAAUGUGGCAAGGCAACGCUGUCAACGUGCUGAAAGGAACGCCACAGUCGACACUUCAGUGUCUUAUCUACGCCCAGAUGAAGGUCUACACCCAAAACAGGACCCAGCAGACUCUGACGGUGCAGCAGCGUUUCGGGUUGGGCUGCAUCUCUGGAGCUGUGGCUCACGCUGUCUUCUACCCCUUAGAGGUGCUGAAGGUGAGGCUGAACCUGCAGCAGGCUGGCACUUACCAUGGCGUUGCAGUGUGUGCCCGAUCCAUUUAUAGAAGUGAGUCUUUGUCUUCCUUUUACAGAGGAUUCAAGCCCAGCAUCCUCUGUAUGAUCCCCUAUGCAGGUGUGGAGUGUGCUGUUCAUCAGUCAAUCAUGAGCUGGGCAAAAAGCGAUCCCGCCUACAACAGUGACUCCAAACUGUUUUUCUUCAGCUUUGUGGCGUUCGCUUCUGGACAAAUCACCAGUUACCCGCUGGCGGUGAUCCGAACUCAGCAGCAAGCGCAGGCUUUCAGAUCAGAUUCACGGCCAGCCUCGGGUGUAUUACCGGGACUGAUUGGGAUAUAUGAAAGAUAUGGAAUUAAAGGAUAUUAUAAUGGCAUGGGAGCCAGCUUCGUCAGGGCGAUACCGUGUGCCUUAAUGAACUACACUCUGACUAGAAAAUUUGAAAAUGUUUUUUCCUCCUUGGAGUCUUGAGGAAAUUAGAAAAAAAGCAAAAGCUGUGAGUUUUAUUUUUGUUAAUUAUCCAAACACAUGUCUGAAAAAAAUGCCUGAGAUGUGAAAUGAGGUCAAUCACGAAGUUAUGGUUAACUCUGCAGGAUUUGCUUUGUUAUAUUUUCUGUUGACCACGAGCAUGGAACCAUAAUCUGACUGACUUUAAAUAUGUAAUAACCAAGAGUAACAGCUGGCUACUCGACAUGCUCUUUUAAAAUAAGAAAAUAUGUUUUUGUGUUGACUGUAUAAUAAAAUGAUACAUCAUA